CUCAAAACUCAAACCAAAGUAAAGAGCACUACCCCCAUCUCAAGAAACCAUGAUGCCUUCUUCUUAUGGGGUCAUCUUCCUCUCCCUCAUAUUGCUGCUCUUUUUGGCUACUGAGGUCAUUAGCACUGAACCAAGCUCAACUCAUGCAAAUGGGUCUGAGAAAGUGGAUGAACCACCAUUUGUGCCACUGAUAGAACCUGAAAAGUUGAAGACUUUGGUGAUGAAUGAGACUAGGAGGAGGUUGGGGAGCUUUCAGAUUUGUGCACUGUGUACUUGCUGUGGAGGAGCUAAAGGUCUUUGCUUGCCUUCUCCUUGUUGCUAUGCAAUCAAUUGCAACAUUCCCAACAGGCCCUUUGGUUUCUGUUCUUUCACUCCCAAGACCUGUAAUUGCUUUGGAUGCCAUUACUAACUCUCUUUCUCUAUAUUUUCUUUUAUAUAAAAUUUAUAAUUUAUAUUGUUUUGUUUGGGAAAUCUUGAUUUUGCUGCUGGGGGUCUGGAUGGAAAAGAAUAUCUGUUCUCUAUUUCUUUGUUUAUAAGUUUUAUAAUCUUAGUGUUUUAUAUCUCGUGGGGUGUUAUUUCCAGGUUAGCUUUUUUCCUAUAUCUAGUGGGUUUUUUUUG